AUGGGGUGCAGUGGUGGUUGCAUAGAAGGAGCAGCACCAUGUUGUGCGGACAUUGAGGCGGGUGCUGGAGCGGACGGCGAGGAGUCCCGUGACAUGGUGCUGGAUGUAGUAGGCGAUGAGGUACCCGACAUGAUGGGAUUAGUGGUGGACGGAGUCGAUGGAGGUGUGGUGUCGAUGAUCUCACGAUGUGGAGUUGGAUGGCGAGGUGGAGGAGGCACCAGGUGUGGCAAGGACGGUGGUGAUGCUGAGCGUCGACGCGCGUCGCGCCGAGCCCCGGGUGCUUGUGGCAGUGGAUCGGUGUCUCCAUUGGCGCGCCGCGUAGAGCGCACUAGUGUCGAAGACGUUGGUAGAGUUGGACGCGGCCGUCAUAGCCUGCUGUGGCUGGAACGGAGGCCGAGGGCCCAGGACGCCGGCUUCGGGAGCACGAAAAGGCAUUGGCCAUGCCUGGACCAUGCCUUGCCAUGGGUUGUAGCCCACGGCCCAUGGCGUGAAGGAGUUGUUGGUGGAGUUGGCGUUGGAACGGGAGCCGCCGCUGGCAUUGUUCUGACCGCCACCAUUGCCGCGACGGCGAUCGUAGUGAGGAGGGCGCCAUGGGAGCGGAAGAAGAGGCAAAGGGGUUUUCCAGAAUCGAAGAAGCGGCUGAUACCAUGUAGAAGAGAAUUGAUCAACUGGACGAGUUAUAUUGAUCAAUUGGUUGAAGGUGCUGAAGACGCGGGGCGAGACUGGUCCGCUGACAUCCUCGCGUUACUUACUUGGAACCACGUACGCCGAACAUGGCCUCAAGCUCCAGCAGCGGGAGAGCUAGCUGCACGCGCCACGCACCAUGCACGGGCGCACGGCGGUGGUCGCAGUCGCAGUCGCAGGAUGACGACCGCGCUCGCGUCGCGUCCACAGCCGCGCGCGGACCGCGGACUGGGACAGACAGGCGGACAGCCAAUCGCGCCCGGGCCGGCCGGUGGAACGUACGCGGUGCUGGGGCCUCUGGUGUGGAAGGUGGUGCAAGAAUGGCGGGAGGAGGGGGCCCUGCCGCUGGCGCUGGGCUCCUGGUGGCUGCACCUGCUGCUGCUGUUCGUGGCGCGGGGGCUCACCUACCAGUUCUGGUUCACCUACGGCAACAUGCUCUUCUUCACCCGCCGCCGCCGCGUCGUCGCCGACGGCGUCGACUUCCGGCAGAUCGACGCCGAGUGGGACUGGGACAACUUUCUGGUGCUGCAAACGCUGAUUGGGGCCACGGUGGUCAACAGCCCACUGCUCCCGGGCCUGCGGCAGCUCUGCCUGUGGGACGCCCGCGGGUGGGCCGUCGCCCUGCUGCUGCAUGUGGGCUUCUCAGAGCCGGUCUUCUACCUGGCCCACCGGGCCCUCCACGGGGCCCCGCUCUUCGGCCGCUACCACGCCGCGCACCACUCCUCGGGAGUCACUCAGCCGUUGACAGCCGGGUUCGGGACGCCGCUGGAGGUGCUGCUGCUGACCCUGGUGAUGGGGGCCCCGCUGGCAGGGGCCUUCCUGGUGGGGGCCGGGUCCAUAGGCCUGGUCUACGUGCACGCCCUCGCGUUCGACUACCUCCGCGCCAUGGGCUACAGCAACGUCGAGGUCGUGUCGCCCAGGGUCUUCGAAGCGUUCCCGCUGCUCAGAUACAUCCUCUACACACCUUCGUACCUGAGCCUGCACCACCGUGAGCGGCGCGGCAACUUCUGCCUGUUCAUGCCGGCGCUGGACUGGCUGGGCGGGACGCUGGACGAGCGCGCGUGGUCGCUGCAGCGCGCUGCCUACGACGGCGCGCCGGGCGGCGGCGCGCUGGGCACGCCGGGGUUCGUGUUCCUGGCGCACGUGGUGGACAUCAUGUCGUCGAUGCACGUGCCGUUCACGCUGCGGUCGCUGAGCGCCAGGCCGUUCGCCAACCACUUCUUCCUGCUCCCGUUCUGGCCGCUGGCCUUCUUCUUCAUGCUCCUCAUGUGGUGCUGCUCCAAGACCUUCGUCGUCAGCUUCUACUGCCUCCGUGGCCAGCUCCACCAGACCUGGUCCGUGCCCCGCUACGGCUUCCAGUACUUCCUGCCGGCGGCGAAGAAGGGCAUCAACAAGCAGAUCGAGCUGGCCAUCCUGCGGGCCGACAGGAUGGGCGUCAAGGUGCUCAGCCUCGCCGCGCUCAACAAGAACGAGGCGCUGAACGGAGGCGGCAUCCUGUUCGUGAACAAGCACCCGAACCUGCGCAUGUUCACGAUGUCGUCGGAGAGGUUCGUGAAGAUCCAGAGGGAGGCGCCGCCGGAGUACCAGCAGUACCUCGUGCAGGUGACCAAGUACCAGGCCGCACAGAACUGCAAGACGUGGAUCGUUGGCAAGUGGCUGUCGCCGCGUGAGCAGCGGUGGGCGCCGUCGGGGACGCACUUCCACCAGUUCGUGGUGCCGCCCAUCAUCGGCUUCCGGUGGGACUGCACCUACGGCAAGCUGGCCGCCAUGAGUCUGCCCAAGGACGUGCAGGGCCUGGGCUCCUGCGAGUACACGAUGGAGCGCGGGGUGGUGCACGCGUGCCACGCCGGCGGCGUCGUGCACUUCCUCGAAGGCUGGGACCACCACGAGGUGGGCGCCAUCGACGUCGACCGGAUCGACGUCGUCUGGAACGCCGCGCUCAAGCACGGGCUGGCGCCGGUGUGA